AUACAGGCUUGGGGGCUUCCUUGUACAGUUUGGGGGGUGCCCAUGCAGUUUGGGUCCCUGUACGGUUUGGGGGGGUCUCUGUGCAGUUUGGCGUUCUCUGUGGAGUUUUGGGGUGUCCAUGUACUGUUUGGGGUCCCCAUAUGGUUGGGGGGGGGCGUCCUGUGUGGUUGAGGGUCUCUGUGUGGUUUUGGGGCGUCCCUGUGCACUCUGGGGGUCCCUGUACGAUUUGGGGUGUCCCUGUGCAGUAUGGGGGUGUCCUUGUAUGGUUCAGAGUCUUGUACAGUUUGGGGGGGUCCCAUACGGUUUGGGGGUGUCCCUGUGCGUUUUGGGGUCCCCUCGAAGUUCAGGGUCCUGUACAAUGGAGGGGGGGGCGGCUGUGCGUUUUGGGGUCUCUGUACAAUUUGGGGAGUCUCCGUGUGUUUUGGGGUGCCGCUGCUUUUAUGAGUCCCUGUACAAUUUCGGGGGUCCCUCUGCACUUAGGGGCCCCUCUACAAUUUUGGGGCUCCCUUUACAACUUUGGGGGUCCCUUUUCAUUUCGGGGUCCGUGUACAAUUUUGGGGGUCCCAGUGUGUUUCGGGGCACCCACGUGGUUUGGGGUCCCUGUACAAUUUUGGGGGUGCCAGUGUGUUUUGGGGCUCUCACCCACAGUUCAAGGUCCCUGCAGAAUUUUGGGGUCCCUGUGUGUUUCGAGAUCCUUGUACAAUUUUGGGGGUCCCUGUACAAUUUUGGGGCUCCCUGUACAACUUUGGGGGUCCCUGUACGACUUCUUGUGUCCCUCUGCGUUUCGGAGCGCCCCUUCUGUUGGUGUCCCCGUACAAUUUUGGGGGUUCCUGUACAAUUUUGGGGUCCCCGUGCAUUUCGGGGUCCUCCUGUGGUUCAGUGUCCCUGUACAACUUUAGGGGUCCCUGUACGACCUUUUGCGUCCCUCUGUUUUUCGGGGAACCCCUUCUGUUUGGUGUCCCUGUACAAUUUCGGGGUCCCUGCGCCUUUCGGGGUCGCCCCGCCGUUCGCCCUCCCGGCCUGCAGGGGUCGCUGUGGCGCCGGCUGGCGGCGGCCGGGCCGGGCCGGGCCGUGUCUCUCUUGUUCCGGCGCCGCGUGUUCAGCGCCGCGGCCCCAGCGGGAGCGGGACCCGGACCCGGAGCCGGAGCGGCGGGACCCGGAGCGGCGGGACCCGGCCCGGCCCCGCCAUGUGGUUCAUCUACGUGCUGAGCUGGCUGUCCCUGCUCAUCCAGGUGGCUUUUGUCACCCUGGCCAUCGCGGCCGGGCUGUACUACCUGGCGGAGCUGAUCGAGGAGUACACGGUUGUCACCAGGAGGAUCAUCAAAUACAUGAUCUGGUGCUGGUUAUAUUCAACCACUACUUGGCGUUCCAGUACUUCGCCGAGGAAUAUUACCUGUUCUCCGAGGUUCUCGCCUACUUCACGUUCUGCCUGUGGUUGAUUCCCUUUGCGUUUUUCGUCUCGCUGUCGGCGGGUGAGAACGUGCUGCCCUCCACCGUGCAGCCCGGAGACGACGUCGUCUCCAACUACUUCACCAAGGGGAAGCGCGGCAAGCGCUCCGGCAUCCUCCUCAUCUUCUCCUUCAUCAAGGAGGCCAUCCUGCCCAGCCGGCAGAAGAUCUACUGAGCCCGGCGGCGCGGGGGGAGCGGGACAGACCCAAACUGUGCCGGGGGGCGUCCCCAACCCCCCCGGAACCUCCGCCAUGGCUUCGGAAAGGAUUUUACCCGGAUCAUACAAACCGGGCAGCGACCGGAGGUGUUGGCAGCGCCAGACGGACGCACGGGGAGGGUUUGUGGCUUUACACGGAUCCCCAGGACCGCGCCAGGAGGAUUUUGGUUCCAGCCGAGCGCGAGGAGGGUCCGGUGCUGCCCCCCUGCCCGGGAAGGCAGCGGGGGGGUGAAGCCGGAGCGUGCGCCCGGUGUGGUUUUGGGGGGACUGUUCCCUCGGCGCGGCCGCAGACGCGCCCGACGUUUACCUGCGGUUCACACAAAGCCAUUCAUUAAAAACAAACAAAAACAGCGUAAAA